GCGACGGCCGGGCGCGGGCCCGCUGCCUCCCGCAAGUUUCGCUCCGAGUGGGAAAGUUGGGCGCGGCGCCGCGGCCCGGCGGGACCCGGCCAGAAAACCACCGACUUAAGCAUUCUGCAUUGGGCACUGACACAGUGGUGCAUACUUACGCACAGCUUCAGGAUGGUCACCUGCUCCACUCCAGGGUGGAACACCAAUCGGCAUGACACUGCCAACAAGUAGACUAAUUCUCUGAACCACCUGGGCCACCUCUGUCAGCAAGUAGAGUAAUUCUCUGAACCACCUCUUCUGCCAGCUGAUACGAAAGGACACUUGAGCCUAUUGCACCAUCCUUUCUGGCCAGUAUUUAAGAUUCCUGGAAAUCUGAGGAGCAGUCUUCAGUGGCCGGAGAAUGCAACUCUCCCCAGAGGCGUGGGUAUCUCACGUGAAGGGGACUGAAGUAGGAUCAGAUGGUAUCCAAGAAAGUGGUGAUGGAACUGAGCUGACAGCCAAGCCAAAGAGAAGCUUCUACGCAGCAAGAGAUUUAUACAAGUACCGACAUCAGUAUCCACAGAACUUUAAAGAUCUUCGAUAUCAAAAUGACUUGUGCAAUCUCCGCUUUUACAAAAAUAAAAUCCCUUUUAAACCUGAUGGGGUUUAUAUUGAAGAAGUCCUAAAUAAAUGGAAAGGAGACUAUGAAAAACUGGAACAUAACCACACUUACAUACAGUGGCUUUUCCCACUGAGGGAACAAGGUCUCAACUUCUAUGCUAAAGAAUUAACUACAUAUGAAAUUGAGGAAUUCAAGAAAACAAAAGAAGCAAUUAGAAGAUUCCUUUUGGCUUACAAAAUGAUGUUGGAGUUUUUUGGAAUAAAACUAAUUGAUAAAACUGGAAACGUAGCACGAGCUGCUAACUGGCAAGAAAGAUUUCAACAUUUGAAUGAGUCUCAACACAACUACUUGAGAAUCACUCGAAUUCUGAAAAGUCUUGGUGAGCUUGGAUAUGAGAGUUUCAAAUCUCCCCUGGUAAAAUUUAUCCUCCAUGAAGCUCUUGUGGAAGAUACCAUUCCCAACAUUAAGCAAAGUGCUCUAGAAUAUUUUGUGUAUACUAUUAGAGACCGAAGAGAAAGGAGGAAACUCCUGAGAUUUGCCCAGCAACAUUAUACACCCUCAGAGCAUUUUAUCUGGGGACCCCCAAGAAAACAGAAGUUGGAGGGAAGCAAAACAAAUAAAAAGCCAGCAUCUCCAAUUUCUAUUCACAAUAGCUAUAUUUCUAAGCAUAAGAAACCAAAAGAGCCUAAGAAUACAUCGGCAAGUGGAAGCUCAGCUGGUAAAACAACUGAAGAAAGAAAGGUAGAACUCACAAAAAACGGGGAAGAAAAUGACCAGGAUGAACAAGAAAUGAACUGUGAUGCUGUUAGGCAGAACAACAGUGAAAAGAACAGUGAUACUGAUACCUGUCAGCUUUCAAAAUCAGAAGAAAUUCAUGAUACUUCAGACAGAAAGGAGGACGCUUCUCAUUCCAAAAAAGAUGAUGAAAAUCUGAACAAUGACAGUGGAAAUCACCCAGGCAUUAUAGAGAAAGAUUUAUGUGACACUGAGAAUUCUUCAGAUAACACAUCAGCAGAUCCACAAGAUAACGUUGAUAAGGAUACACUUUCAGGGGGGACCACCACGAAAAAUAAGGAUGAGCUCAAAUCAUGAGUCUGAGGUUAAAAAUCAUUAUGUUUCAUAUUGAAUAAAGCAAAUUAUUCAUUGCUCCUUCA